AUGUCGCAGAUAAGCCAGCUUGUCGAUUAUUUGCUUACACGGAGGUUCGGCUACCACAGUAUUGCAUCAGACACGCCUGACGGUGUGCUGUCGGGUAAACACCAUCCAGUCGAUAGGGGCUGCGUUCAUAGCAAACUGCACUUCCAGUGGCUAUGGAGCGUGUUACCCUAUUUUCUCACAGCACCUUUAGGCAAGUCCAAUCGGAAACUUCCAAAGGUUUCAUCAACAUCAUAUCUCAAUGGUUUACGAGGAGUUGCAUGCUUGAUAGUCUACAACUAUCACAUCAUGGGCGACUUCUUCGGAGACGUGAUCUUUCAUGCGUUCGGUGCCGAGCCUGCUGCACAAAAUCUAAUAUUCGUGCAAUUCCCUAUAAUUAGGGUCUUGUACGCUGGAACGGCUAUGGUGUGUCUUUUCUUCGUCCUGUCUGGAUUUGUUCUCUCUUACUCGCCACUUCAAAAAAUCGAUUCCAACGGCUCUUCGAACAACCUACUCGCCAGUCUGAGCGGUGCGCUCCUUCGUCGAGGUAUUCGUCUGUUUGUGCCAAUGGUCGGCCUCGCGAUAACUACUUGUCUUGUCACAUAUUUCUUUCCUGCCUCAAGUCCGCCACAUUGGCUCCCUCACAACAUGACGUUUUUCGGCUAUGUUGGGCAUUAUAUCGAAAUUACCUUGGGCGCCAUGAGUCCUUGGGCUUCAGGGCUUCCUCUCUCAUUCGAACAUUGCUGGACCCUGGCUUUCGAGUACCGUGGGUCAUUAAUCGUUUACCUUUGCUGUGUGGCUGCUUCUAAAUUGACAACAUUGAUGCGCAAGUCGGGCCUCCUUUGGGUAACCUUCAUGUCACUCUUCUAUGGCAAAUGGGAUAUUGCUACGUUCACCUCCGGGAUGCUGCUGGCUGAAUUACAUCACUGUCCACUAUCCCACGACUUUCGGAUAUUCUCUCGCAUCAGUUCUAGGUGCUCUUCGUCCACCAAAUUCGCUCUUGUUACACUACUCUUGCUGUUUUCGCUUGUCUGCUGCAGCUGGCCCCAAGCUGGCCCUGAAACGGAGCCGUUCAGGUCGGCAGUGGUUCUGACCCCCGUGGUAUUUCGGAAUACACCUGAAGACUUUAUGGUAUACUGGGGCAGCUUCGGUGCAUUCACUCUGUUGGCAGCUCUGGAGAAUCUGACCUCUGUUCAAUGGCUGCUAUCCACGACUCCGUUCCUCUAUCUUGGCGAGAUAAGUUUUUCUUUUUAUCUCCUUCACUGGCUCAUGUAUCAUGUACCUGGAAAGCAGCUUUAUAUUUACUUGCGGAUCCAUGGGUGGAACGAACUUAUCAGCUUCUGGGCUUUCUACACAUCAACAUUAGUCAUGUUGGUUAUCGCAGCUGAUCUGUAUUGGAGGGCGGUCGAUGUAAAUAGUGUCCGACUAAGUAAAUAUUUGGUUGAUAGAUUGGGCCGCAAGGAUGGGUCUGAUCCUGCCACCCAAACCAUAUCGCGUGCACCUUCUGUGCCGGUCGAGGAUAUCCGUAACCAAGUGGAAAAUGUUUGA